UCAACGGACAGAACAGGCGACUCGCCUCUCUUUGAAAUUCAACCUUUUUGUGGAGCAUUAUCUCACAUCUGAACGUCACACCUCUUGAGUUGAUCUAGUUUCAGUUCCUGAGCUCCACCGACGACCAGAUGAACGGACAGCGGCAUGAAAAAGACUAAGCUGAAAUACCAGAGGCGGUGGUGAAUUGGUGACUACACAGCCGAUCUGUCCAUCCUACCAAUGGAUCUGCUAACAGUCGUCUGUCACGUUCUGCUUUUGUUUUUUGAUUCAUCUGCAGCCACGAGCCUCAUUACAGCAGAUAUAUUUGAAGCCAGAGGUCAACGUGUGUGCAAGGCAGGGAAAGGGAGGCCCUGUUACAAGCUGGCCUAUUUCUCUGAGCUCCGGCGGAGGCUGAACUUUGUAGAGGCAGAGCUGGCCUGCAAGCGGGACGGAGGGCAGCUGCUGAGCGUGGAGUCGGCGUCUGAGCAGAAGAUCAUAGAGCAGCUCAUCACAGAGCUCCGGCCGACGGACGGAGACUUCUGGAUCGGCCUCCGCCGUAACGGUGGAGACGAGGACAGCAGCUCAGACUGCUCCCCACAGUACUACUGGCUGGACGGCAGCAAGUCCACAUUUAGGAACUGGCACUUGGAUGAGCCAUCAUGCGGCUAUGAGGUAUGUGUGGUGAUGUAUCACCAGCCGUCUGCACCCCCGGGUCUGGGCGGACUCUACAUGUUCCAGUGGAACGACGACAAUUGCGAAACCAAGAACAACUUCAUCUGUAAAUACACUGCAGAUAAGCCACUGGACCCAUCCCCUUCUCCCAACUCCACUCAAACGGAUGUCUUCCCCGCAUCCGUGCUGCCGUGGAACCCGAGUGACCACAACCGGGACAGAAGUACAGCUGUGAAUUUGGUUUACAUCAUCAUUCCCACCAUCCCCCUGAUACUGCUGCUGCUGACUGUGACUGGAGUCUGCUGCUUUAAAAUGCUCGUCACACGAAGGAGAAAACAUCAGAAAUCUGAAGUAUGCCAGACGGACCUCGGCCCCGGCCCCAGCCCAACGCCAACUGACGUCUACAACGUCAUUCGCUCCCAGAAGGACGAUGACCUGGUUUCAGCUCGCCCGAACACCAAGAACACCUCCUUUAUAUGCUCCUCUCCUGACACGCCGACGGGUGACUACGACAACCUGGGGGGUCGAGAUACGGAGAGCGGCUUCGUGACCCUCGCCAGCACAGAGAGCUGCUUUCUCAACCUCGAUCUCAAUGACCUCAGCCUUGGACGUCGUGGCACCCGUGACUUCUACGACACCAGCUUGGGCCGCUCAGGAAAGAGGGACUUGAAUGACAGCAGCCUGGGCCGCACUGGGCACAGAGAGUUUUACGACAGGAGUUUGGGUCGUCGCACGACGAAGAGUGAGCAUUACGGCAGCAGUGUGUACGGGGACCACGGAUUGUACGACGGCAGCAUCAGAGGAGGGAGUGACCUCUAUGACCCCAAACCGAGGCCUGGAGGACACAUGGUAAAAGCUGACCUCUAUCAGACAUACACCACCGGCGGCAAGGAAGACACUUACCAAACCUGCCUGGGAACCUACGGAAACCGAAAAUCCUACCAUGCUACUCUAGAUUCCUACAGGAAUAACCCGAAUCUUGACGGCGGAAGGAGAUACUUCAAUGAGCAGGAAUGGUUCAACAGGGAAAACUACUGAUCAUCUAAACAGCUCAUUGUGUGUGUGUGUGUGUGUGUACGAUUGUGGACGGGGACAAGAGAAUGGCAAAAACAAAACAAAACUGUGCAUGUAUGUGAUUUUAAUCGUCUGUGUGGUAUGUUUCUAAAACAUUUUAGGUUGAAAAUCAGGUGGACAUGUUUCCAUUAUAUUUUCAUGCUGGGCACACAAUUCACCAUAUGACAAUUAGUUUGUGGAAAUAUGAACUCUAGCACUGUAUUGUGUGUGUGAAGCAGCCUUUUGCAUGGCCCUGUCAUGCUGCCCUUGCUUGGCUAUCUAUGGAGGAAUUUGACAACUGUGUUUAAUUGUGCCUGAACUGUGUUGUUCUCACCCUAGUUUACCUGAUAUAAACAGGCUACCUCAUACAGAAUGAGACACAAGUGUGUUUUGACAUGGCCUUAAACUAAAACAUGUUCAGGAACUUAAAUCAAAUCUCAUUGAUACACUUGUUCUCUCAUCUUUAAUGGUCUAGAGUUUCUAUUUGGGUCGAAGACAGUUGAGAGGUGACAGGUGGCUCCUGCCUGCAGCCUGACCACAGCAACAGCAUGAUAUCGAAGGGAAUGAGAAAAUAUAGCAUCAUUGUUAUUAUUUAUUCAGAAUGUUUAAUGCCUUGACAUCUCUCCUGUAAGUGAGAGAGCUUUGUAUGUUUGUUACGUAAGGAAAUCUUCAAAUAAAAUAAGAUCACAAUUGAAUCUGUUGAUGCAGUUUGUUACUGUCCCAAUAAAAAAAUU